AUGAAGUUCGAUUCCUUGUUCAUGGAGAAGGCCAUCGAGGAGGGUUGUAACGGAGUCGCCGCUGAUGAUGGAGGACCGUUUGGGGCUGUCGUUGUCAACAAGGAUGGACUUGUGGUCACUGCUCAUAACAUGGUAAAUUUUGUUUUGUUUUUUGGGAGGGGCGGUUUUUAGAUAAGGUAGCAAAAGCUUGAUAAGGGCAUGGUAAAGAAGGGUCGAGCAGAGAAAAGCAGACUUUAGAAGGGCAGGAUAGAGAAAGACAAGUUUGAUAAUGGCAGGGUAACGAAGGGCACACUUGAUAAAGGCAGAGAGUAGGCUUGAGAAGGAUAGGGCAGAGAAGGAAAGGCUUGAUAAAGACAGGACAGAAAAAGGCAGGGUAGGGAAGGACAGGCUUGAGCAGUGUAGGGUAGGGAAUUAUAGGGUAGAGUAGGGUAGGGUAGGGUAGAGUAGGGUAGGGUAGGGUAGGGUAGGGUAGGGUAGGGUAGGGUAGGGUGGGGUAGGGUAGGGUAGGGAAGGGUAGGGUAGGGAAGGGUAGGGUGAAAAAUGUUGCUUCUAAUGAUACCUCUACUAUACUGUAGUUUUUAAAAUUAAAAAAAAAACUACGUUCAGGUCCUAAAAACCAAUGACCCAACAGCACAUGCCGAAGUUACAGCAAUAAGGUUUGCUAGUAAAAAGUUGGGCCGCUUUGAUUUGAGCGAUUGCACCUUAUAUACAUCAUGUUACCCAUGCCCAAUGUGUUUGGGAGCUAUUUUAUGGGCGGGAAUCAAGAACGUUUACUAUGCUGGCACUUCUAUUGAUGUAGGUUUAUAUUUUUUAAUGGUUAGGGUACGGUAAGAUAUAGUAGGGUAAAAUACGGUAGGGUAAUGUUGGGUAGGGUAGAGAGCAGAGCAGUGAGGGGCAGAGGAGGGCAGGGCAGGGCAAGGCAAGGCAAGGCAAGGCAAGGCAAGGCAAGGCAAGGCAAGGCAAGGCAAGGCAAGGCAAGGCAAGGCAAGGCAAGGCAAGGCAAGGCAAGGCAAGGCAAGGCAAGGCAAGGCAAGGCAAGGCAAGGCAAGGCAAGGCAAGGAAAGGCAAGGCCAGGCCAGGCAAGACAAGGCAAGGCAAGGCAAGGCCAGGCAAGGCAAGGCAAGACAAGGCAAGGCAAGGCAAGGCAAGGCAAGACAAGACAAGGCAAGGCAUGACAAAGUAGAGCAGGAUAGGGUAGCAUUUUGAGAGUCAAAAAAGUUUUGUCGUUUUUUACCAUUGAAAACAAUACAAAUUGACGACAAGACUUUUUUUACCUUUUAAAAUGAAAAAACUGAUAAGAAUAUAAUAAAAAAUAAAUUUCAGGCUGAAAACGCUGGAUUUGGAGACCAAAUCUACCACGAUUUCCUGAAAAACCCGGAGAAAGGAACACUGACCAAGCUGAACAAGGUGGAGAUUGAUAACAGACUAAAGCCUUUCGAAACGUGGAAGGUGCAUGACAACAAAAAGUUGUAUUAA